AUCAUAGUGCUGUUUGUAGUCUAUAUUGAUUAUGACUUGUGUGUAUAUUUAACAUUUUUUUAUGCACACAUGAUUUUGUUUGUAAUUAUUUACAAUUUAAAAAUUUGACCUGAUUCGGCAUGUUUAACCUUUUGAAAAAACACGAGAUAAUCACAGUAUUCUGUUCAAAUCGAUACCUCUGACCUAUCGUAUUUCAUGAUUAUUGUCCAUUUAAUUCAUAAAUAACCAUAAAUAGAAUAACGCCAUUUAAUUUACUUGUAUAUACAUGAAAGUUGAAAUUGAAAGGAUAUUAUGUUCUACUAGGUUUGCAUACAAAACAAACUGUGAUUGGAUAAACAUAUUUCGAAAUAAUUUGCAUCAAAAUUAGGUUAAACCGUUUACCGGGGUUAAAGCUAUAUGAUGAACUGGUUAAAUGGAAUGAUAAACAGAUUACAGCCAGACUUGUUUCGUCCAGAAGACUUACAAUUAUUACCACCAGAUGAAUAUGUUCCUAUACUAUCAGAUAUUGUUCUUCCGUCCAUUUUUCUGGCAGUUCUCUUCAUAAUAAUUCGACACUUAUUAGAUGGGAUAUUGAUAAAGCCCAUUGGAACUUAUUUUCAUGUAAAUGAUACAGUAAGCAAAGAAAGCGUUCCACCUAUUCCAGUUUUAGAAGCAGGGUAUAAAGUUAGCAGAAAUCCAAAGCCAGAUGCUAUAAUGUCUUUGGCAAAGAAGUCAGAAAUGACUGUAAGACAAGUAGAGAUUUGGUUCCGCAAAAGAAAGAAGCAAGAUAAGGUUACAGACAUGAAACGAUUAGAGGAUGCAAGUUGGCAGUUCAUAUUUUACUUCAUUAUGUCAUGGUAUGGAAUAUAUGUACUAUGGGAUAAGCCAUGGUUUACCAAAUCCGUGCACUGUUGGACUGGUUAUCCAACGCAACAGACUGUUUCAGAUGGUAUAUAUUGGUAUUACUUGUUAGAGUUAGCAUUUUACAUUUCAUCAAUAGUAACCAUAUGUACAGACCAUAAAAGAAAGGAUUUCGUUGAAAUGUCUGUUCAUCACAUUGUAACAAUACUCCUCAUAGGACUAUCAUGGAAUUAUAAUGCUGUGAGAGUUGGAACACUAGUUAUAUGUAUUCAUGAUCCUGUAGAUUAUAUCUUAGCAUUUGCAAAAAUGAGUAACUACUGUAAAUAUACUAAAGUCUCAGAUUUAUUAUUUGUACUGUUUGCUGCAGUGUGGAUUGCUACAAGAUUAAUUAUAUAUCCAUACAUGGUUUUAUAUUCUGUUACAAUUGAACUUCCCGAAUAUGCAAAUAAUAGUGGACCUCAUGAAAAGUAUUAUGGAAAUAGCUUUGUAAUGCAGUUAUUGAAAGUCAUGCUGGGAGUAUUGCAAAUUCUUCAUAUAUUUUGGUCAAUAAUGAUAGCUAGAACAGCUGCAACAAAGUUCACUGAAGGUCAACUACAAGAUGUACGAAGUGAUAGUGAAAACAGUGAAAAAGAAGAUGAGACCUCUCAUAAACAUCAUACAGAAGAUACCUCACAUAUGAAUGGACAUAUAAAAAGAGUAAAGACAAUCUCAUAAUGUUUCUAUCUUUAAUCUAUUUUAUAUGGUUUAUAAGUUUAUUAUUUAAAGGUUAAACGCAUUUUUUAAAUGAUUUAUUUUAUUUUUCUUGAAUAAAUUUUAAUUUUUUUAA